AUGUCCGAAAGCGGUCAAAACCUCGAGAACUCGCACCAAGCCAGUUUACAUUCGUGCGACUCCUCUCAAAAGGAAACAGCCGCGCUAAUGGGACGUUGUAUGAAUAAGUGUAAAGGAGAAAUCCCUAUCGGUGAAAAGGCCAUAUGUCCAUUGAACGCAAAGCAUGAAAGUUUUGCUGAAGAAGUGGACCAUAAAGAAUCUCUAAAUCCCUUUCAGUCAGAAAGUUGUAAAAUGCAGCGAGAAAAGGGUGAUACUGAUGGGAAAACUCAGAAAAACCAAGUAUUUGAAAGUUUUUCGUCGGCAACUUCCCUCAAGAGUACGUCAUGCGAAGCAACCGAGACCGGAUGCGAGAGUGGGCUAGAAGUAGUAGGCGGCAUACGAAAUUACAAUUCUUUCGCUAGCGAAGCAGAUGAAAGUGGAAAAAAUUCCCACAAUGAUCCAGAAAUAGAGUCAAACGGGAAUGACCAACAACCAGAGAAAAGACUGAACGAAGACUGUUUGAGUAUGAGUGAACAAACUGUAGUAUCAUCCGAAGAGGGAUUGAACUCGAUCGACGGCAGGAAAUCAAUUGAACAGCGAUCACCACAAUCAGAAAGUGAGACACUUGUCCCUGAAACUAAUGGUUGUUUGGGAAACGGUGAAAGGAUCCCUAAAGAAGAGCGAUUUGACUAUACAAAAUACAUACCGAGUGAAGACCUUAAAGAGGAUUUUCUUAAGUCGAUUGGCAAACCUUCAAAUGGCCAGGUGUACGAUACCAAAUGCCAAUUCACAAGUUAUCCAUUUGCCUUACAACAGUGGCCUCUAGAGUACCAAUUUGCUCCUCAGUUUCAAAACCCCAAUGGCUACCAGUCCACUGGAGUACCACAAACUUUUUUGUCCUUCUCCAACAUGUACAAUAUGAUUCCUGCAGUGUCAACAGGUCAGGCUUCGUUCACAUGCUCAUAUGGGUUUCAUGACCAAACUGGUGGACCAGGGUCCCUACAGUCACCAGGUCAGGGGUAUGACUAUUGUGUUUAUCCAGCAGCCAGGCCCAGCUAUUAUCGAUCCCUCUCCAGACGCAGAAAUUUCAACAAUUCAUUUCGUCACAGCAAUCACAAAAACCAUGACUCCAAUAAUUAUGAAAUCCACACUGAGAACUUAUUGAAUAAUUUCAACCAACCAGAGAUUAGCUUGGGAGAAGGCCAUCAUCUGAACAAGGUAAAUAACACUGAAACUAAUGAUAACCUUCCAAUCUCUCUCUUUUUAUUCAUAAAAGUGGGUGUAAUGAUCAAAGUAAGCCAUUAUUACUUUCUAAGGUCAGUAAAAAAGAUGUCCACUUCGAGGAGAACCCUAUUGAAGAUGGUGAUAUCCAAGAACAUUUUGUAGAUAUUGGUGAAGUCCCUGCCAAACAGGAGUCAGAAGUUUCUGGAGGUAGCAGGUCGGUGAAUCUUCAUUCCUCCCAGGAUGACUUAAAGAAAAGUGAGAUUGAAAAACAGAUUCGGAAGAUUAAAAAGAAACUGGCAGAAAUUAGUGGCUUAGAGGAGAAGUACUGCAAAGGGGCAAAAUUAGAUUGCGAUCAACUAAAGAAAUUGUCAAGGAAGAGUGAGUUUGAAGAUCAAUUGCAAUCACUCAACUUAUCAUAG